AUGGAGACAACAGGCGGUGCGGUCCAUCUACGGGAACUCCCGAGCUCAGACAGUCUCCAGAACCAAGAGCCCCCUGAACACGCUGGAUACACUGGACGCGAUUCCUCAUCCAAUUAUUCCCCGCUACAUGACGAGGAGCCUCCAUCAUAUAACCAGGUGGGGUCAACGGGACAAACUCUAGGGCACAGUACAUUGCUUCAUCGAUCAGCCUGGGUAUCUCUAUUCUCAAUUAUUUACGUGGGCCUCGUUAUCUAUACCUGGGCCAUGACGGUAAUACUGUCAAUCCGCCCCCUCAAAGCCAAUUCCUGGGUGUACUCGAUCCAAGGGUCACACUACCUUUACGAUAAUAAGAAGGACGCAGAUUUCCAUCGAGAGAGAAAAAUCUAUCGUUCUGUGCGGACUAUUCAGACAUUUCUCCAAGUUGUUACUCUUCCCUGGAUUUCCACAGUGUGUGCUAGUGCCGCUGUAAUCUUUGCGCAGAAUCAAAAGGAUUCUAUGGGCCUUCGGCUACGCCAAGUCACAACGUUGGCUGACCGCAAGUGGAUGGACUUUUCUUUGUAUCCAGCACUGAUUUUUGGGAGAUGGAGGCAAUACGGCAGCACACUUCUGGCCGCCGCAAUCUUCAUCUGGGUGUUUGGUCUCAUCACAUAUCCCAUCCAGUCGCUCUUUCUCAGUUCGGGGUCUGUCAAAGUCCGGACUUAUCCCGAACAAAGAGUCGCUAUGUACGACUUCGGCUUGAGUGGUGGUUCGUAUUCAGCAUCAAACAAUGUCGGCAAUGUCGGCAUGGACGUGGUGCAAGUCCGCGAUGCCCUCAACAAAGCGAACAGCGGUACCUUCCAACCUAAUUUGUGGAGUAACGACAGUGGAGUACAAUUCUUGAGUCUCAACGAUAUGUCCUCUCAGACGUUCUACUCCCAGCUUCCGGGUGGUUUCAAUACAGGACUGAUUCGUCAAUUUGCACCACGUGUGAACUCCACGGCUACAUAUGAGAUCAUAGAAGCGUCUCAGUUUCCGGUCAACUGCCGUUCAAGCUCAGACGCAUUUUAUGCCGAGUAUUCAUCUUCAUACUCGUGGUACACUACUUAUUCUUGGGAUGUCAUUGCGUGCAUGCCAGGAAAUAUGACGGAAUCACCUUGGCAGAUGACACGUAACCGGCAAGAUUUCUCUGAGGUCCUCUAUCUCAAUAUGACACAAGAAGAGUUUAGCCCAGGAAGUUAUGUCAGUCAAGGAGCGGGAAACAAAGCUCUUUACAGAAUCACUGUGAACACUACGGCUGGCUUCUUUGAAUUGCCCAACUAUAUGAACAAGGGUGUACCUGGCCCCUUACUGGACCAAGAUCCAGUGGAUCUUUGUGAUCAGCACUGUUUAAAUCAAUCGCGCACAUACUCUUCGAACUUUUAUCGCCGUGAUGAAAUCACAGCAAGCAGCACUCUCAAAGCAGCAUCGCUGGGUCCCAUCUCAACACAGAACAAAGGACCGUUGUUAUCGAUCGCCCUGGCAACCUUCGGCCCUGGUUCUUUUGUUGACACGGUUCCGACAAUCUACGCAAAUCUUGAAGAAGACGACAAGGUUACAGAUGAGUUGUCGUCAAGCUUAAGAUCUAUCUGCAUUGGAAACCCCCCACUCAGCAAUCUAUUGGGGCCUUCGUCACUGCGCUGUAUAUCUAUUGGGAUGUCUAUGAAUGGCACCUGGUACCCUGCUGGAUCACAGAUUGCACAAUGGAUCCACCGGUUCCAAGAAGGCACCGGAUCGAUUCCGAGUGCCUUCACAGCUGCAGCUUUUCUCGCUAAUAAGGAAUUCCUUUCCAGUAAGGGGGGUAGAUGGUCUAUCAACCAAGAUCUGGGCACCGAUAUGGAUCUUCCAACAAUCUCUCUCACGGGAAUCAUCGUAGUCUCCAUCUUGAUGGGACUUUACUUGCUACCGCUGUUAGCUUUGUCACUAUACGCGGGUUAUUACCCACGAUGGACCGAGAGAUUGGAUUCCUUUGUAAUGCUACGAUUUGGCGCUUUUGCUGGCGAUAAGGUCUUCCCUUUGCUGGUUGGACGCAAGACUGAUAAAUUUCCUGAGCUAGACGAGAUGUCUGGCGUUGUUCGGGAUAUGUCAACAUCAGGCGACGAACCUGUUGAAAUUGGAAGACUGGGUUUCGGUGAAGGCAAGAUGUUGCGAGAAGGACGUCGCUACGAGAGCUUCAAAGGAGACGAUGAGCCGUUGAAUUCCCGCGAAUUUCAACGGAUGCAAUGGAAUAUGCACCGCGGAAACUGA